UCUCAUCCUAGUCUAUCUUUGACAGGAGCUGAGGUGUGAAGUUAGGUCUGAGCUGGGUUAAACAUUAAUGCAGCUGCUAUCACAGCCAGGAUGAGCAAGCAACCCAGGGCCAAGGUGCAUAGCUCUCUGCUGGCCUCAGGCUGAGGACGCGGUGACCAGUUACCAUGGCUCAAUUUUCUGAAGUCUUGGCUGAAAUAGGCGACUUCGGUUGCUUUCAGGUGCAGCUGCUGCUACUGCUGAGUGUCCCCAACUUCCUGUCUGCCUUCUACAUGUUUUGCCAGGUCUUCAUGGUCCUGGAUGAAACACACUAUUGUUCAGUGGCCUGGGUCAAGAACCAUACUUUGAACCUGAGUGCUGCUGAGCAGCUGUCCCUGAGUCUGCCUCUGGAUGCUGCAGGCAACCCUCAGCCCUGCCUCAUGUUCCGGCCACCCCCUCACAAUGCCAGCCUGGAGGACAUCCUCAGCCACCGCUUCAAUGAGACACAGCCUUGUGAGGCAGGCUGGGACUACCCUGAAGACAGGCCGCCAUCCCUAAAGAGUGAGUUCAACCUAGUUUGUGACAAGAAGCACCUGAAGGAGACCUCGCAGUCAGUGUACAUGGCGGGGCUCCUCGUCGGGGCGCUCAUCUUUGGGCCGCUCUGUGACUGGAUCGGUCGCAAAGCCAGUGUCCUGAUCCAGCUGCUGCUCUUCGCCGUCAUCGGCCUGGCCACAGCCUUCGUGCCCAGCUUUGAGCUCUACAUGUUCAUGCGCUUUGCUGUGGCUACUGCCGUCGCUGGAUACGCCUUGACCAAUGUCACCCUGCUGGCCGAAUGGGUGGGGCCCUCGUGGAGGACUCAGGCCGUGGUGCUGGCCCAGUGCAGCUUCUCCCUCGGGCAGAUGGCCCUGGCAGGACUUGCCUACGGCGUCCGGAACUGGAGGCUCUUUCAGAUCGGCGGCACGGCGCCCGUGCUGCUGCUCUUCUUCUACGUCUGGGCUCUGCCAGAAUCUGCCCGGUGGCUGCUGGCCCGGGGAAGGACCGAGGAGGCUAGACAAGUGAUUCAGAAGGCAGCCUCGGCCAACAGGCGGAACCUCUCCCCAGAGCUGCUGAGCCAGCUGACCCCAGAGAAGACGGGCCCCUCGGGGAAUGCCCUGGAUCUGUUCAGACACCCCCAGCUCCGGAGGGUGACGCUGAUCCUCUUCUGCGUCUGGUUUGUGGACAGUCUGGGAUACUUUGGCCUGAGCCUCCAGGUGGGGGACUUUGGCCUGGACAUCUACCUGACGCAGUUAAUCUUCGGCGCUGUGGAGGUGCCCGCCCGCUACUCCAGCAUCUUCAUGAUGCAGCGGUUUGGUCGCAGGUGGAGCCAGAUGGGGACUCUGGUUCUAGGGGGCCUCGCGUGUAUCACCAUCAUCUUUGUCCCGGCAGACCUGCCCGUAGUGGGCACUGUGCUGGCCAUCGUGGGAAAGUUUUCCACAGCUUCUGGAUUUACCAUCUCCUACGUCUACUCUGCUGAGCUCUUCCCCACCAUCAUCAGGCAGACUGGCAUGGGGCUGGUGGCCCUCUCCUCGAGGGUCGCGGGCAUCCUCACACCCCUGGUGAUGCUGCUGGGUGACUUUCACGAGGCCCUCCCCAUGGUCAUCUACGGCAGCCUCCCCAUCGCGGCAGGCUUGCUCUGUGCCUUUCUGCCUGAGACUCGUGGCCAGCCCAUGAAGGACACCGUCAUGGACCUGGAGCAGGAGCCCCGCCCACGGACCAAGAAGGUAGCGACCCCUGAAAAUGAAAUGGAGGCCCCAGGAAGAGCCUCCAGCCCAGGGAGUAGCACGUACUUCUGA